GAAGCUGCUCUGCUUUGGGCUCAAGCAGUUUAAUCUUCUCUGUAAGCAGGGUCAAGAGUAUACCUGUUUACUUUGACCAGACAUUAUCUGUCACUAGUAUAUAUGUAUGAACAAAUUGAAGCUAAAAGUUGUUCCUUUCUAUAAUCAAAGAAUUCCCCAAAAAAAAAAAAAAAAUAGCAGCGAAAAUCAGUGAAUAGAUAUUAUUCCUUUCCAUGAACACCUCUACGGGAACCUCCAGUGAAUGGAUGCAAUUCUAUGAACAAAGUAUGGAUGAAAUGUCGGCAUCAUCAUCCUUGGGAUUCUCUGAUGUUGAUGCCACUAUUGUAGCCUCUUCGGAGAGCAACCAGCUGAACCUUAGCUCAGGAAGAGAUGAUCAGUUGGCAAAGGGUUCUUCCCCAAAGCCAAUAAGAAGGCGGGCAAGAGCUUCCAAGAAAACACCCACCACCCUUCUCAAUGCUGACGCCAGCAAUUUUCGAGCCUUAGUGCAACGAUUUACUGGUUGUCCUACAACACCACCCCUUUCAACCAACAACAGAAGAGGCCCUAUCAACUUGAACUUUGCUCUCGGGAGUGAUCAAAAUCAGAGCGGGACUGCAAGUUCCGUAAUGCCAGCCGCUGCCAACGAUUAUUAUUAUCCACCAAGUCAUCAACAACAUCAUGCGGCGUUUAAUAGGGACGUCCCUUACACCAAUGAAAAUGCAAAUGAUGGCAAUUACUUCUUGUAAGUAUUUAUGUUUACUUAAUCUACCCAUUCAUCACCUACUUUUGAUGUCUUUAUUCAAGUACUUGAAUUUAUUUAGUAUAUCUUUUGUCUGUAUCCAUAUCAUAGACAAGGAAACAGGAACUACAAUUUCUUUACUUUGAUCUUUGAAGGAUAUGAACAAUAAACAUUGAAGCAGUGUCUUCUUCUUCAGACAAUACUAUAAAUUUGUUCAUAUAGGAAUGUAAUAUAGCAGCGCAAACAAAAAUAAGGGUUAUUGUAUAAAUCUAACCCCAUCAAGGGGCUUUACUUUUCCUUCAUUCAAAUUUGAAUCCAUCGCGCUAUCUCACUUCGUUGGGCAUUGGAGCUAAAAUAAACAAA